AUGUGUAUGUGCGAAAAAUAACUCAAAAUAUGUAUGAAAAUAUGUAUAUGUACGAAAACCCUAAAAUAUGUGAAAUAUGGAAAACAAUGUUUGAAUUUUUGAGAUCACGCUUCGAUGGGAUGACAGUACACAAAGCUUUAGUACGAUCUGAUUUGAUAUGAAAAAGUUAGAAAUACAUACAUAUCCGCCCUCUGAUCAUAACAAACCGUCCGGAUUUUUUAGCAACCGACAGAAAUAUUCUUGUACAAUUAAAUAAAUCAGUAAAUAAAUCAGUACAUUUGCGCAUAACUUGCGAUGGAAUCCAACAAUUCAGAUGAGGCUGAAAAUGACAACUCUACAUCAUCCUCCUCAUCACAUCCUGAGUACCACCCACCAUCACCAAAAAUCCCUAAAAUGGCGGACCCGGUUACAGAAAAAUUGCUGAAAUAUCUUGACCAAUUCGUGACCCUGGUUAGAACAGGGGAAUUUGUGGUUGACCUAAAACUAGAAAAUAUGCCGGAUUUUGAACUUGAGCUGAAAUUAAUUGAGACCGGAGAAGUUUUGAAGUUCCCAAUAUCACCGGAAGAGACUUUCACAAUUAAGGAAUUAUUGGCGUCAAAGAUUGAGACAACUAACCCCCUAGAUUGGUCAAGACUGGAGGAAAAGAUGCUAAAUGGGGUCAAGGCUCAGUUAGGUUUGGAGACCGAGCGGAUAUCCGUUUCCUUGCAGAAGUUAAUUAUCCAGAAACCUGGAACCCCACGUCCCCCAGAACUUAACCAACUACACAACAGAGAUGAAGUAUCGGUAACAAGUUUUGGUCAUGUCGUCAUCCAGCUGCCAUCAAUCUACACGGGAGGACAUUUCCGCUUCAGCAAUGAGGAAAAAAGGCAAGAAUUUAACCUUUCCACCCCCACUGGAGAUGUCCAAUGUCUUGCAUUCUUCACUAAAAUUGAACAUGACCCAAUUCUGACUGGGAGUAGGACUCUCUUAAUCUACAAUUUGGUCAUAGAAUCCAAAAUUAACUUUUUACCGGAAGCUCCCGCCGUCCAAAAUAAUGUACCAAGUCUUACCCAAAUCAUUCAAGAAUGGAAGGGAACCCAGGAUCUGGUAAAAGUAGUAAAACAUUCGAACAGGAAUCUCAAACUUGCCGCGGUUUCCAAUUUUCUCCUUGAUGCUCUUCAAGCCAAUCAGAUCACUCUGUUCCACGGGAAUUUUACUUAUCCCGAAGGAUCCCAAGAAAUACAAACUGAAAACGUUGUACUCCCCGAAUAUUACCAAAUCGACGAAUUGAAACUAUUAACAAGUCCUGACCCCCAGGUGGAGGAAGCAUACCGCAAUUUUUACAAGACGAAGAAAACAACGACAACCCCGACAGCUACGGCGUAGCAUUUCAUCUGACAUGGGGUGACCACGUGGAAAUACAAAUGUUGCGGGAGCAACGAGACAAUAUCGAUGAAUCCAGUGUGGACAUGUACAUUUUUUUCCUGGGGGAAAACGUUUUCCAAAAUAGCCGUUGGAUUAGAAAUUUUCCCUUUUGGCGAUUUCAGACUUACUUGUUCCCAACGAGGUAUCACAAUGUGGAAAAAACUCCCGAAUUGCUACACGAUGCUAACAAUCUGGUUUUGCCGGAUAUUUCUGCGCAGCAAUUAAUGUAUAAAGACGAAUACGAUGACUGCUUUAAAAACCUACCUCAUUUUGAGAAAGUUCUGAAUAAAUUCAUCCAACUAGAAGAUUCCGACCUUUUGCAACAAUUUAUACAAAUUUGCCACAAACACUCAGAUUAUAACAAGUUGUCCCCCCUACUUUUAAAAGCUGGGAUUUCGCCAACCAUUUUAAAUAAAUCGUUAAAAGAUUUCUUCAACCAGGAUAACAUCCAAGACGGGGAAAAGUUUUUGCACAAUCUAUACGAUUUUGGCAGCCAUGUUAAAGCCUUUACUUUUUACGGGGAUAAGGAUACAGCAGAAAUAUAUUAUGAGGUAUUUACUUCAAUUCUUGAAAGGUAUGAAGAGAUGGUGGAAGAUGAAGAUGAUUAUGCCGAGCAAUACGUUAUGGACUACUUGGCUGAAUUCUUUCGAAUAUCAGAAAAAAUGGGGUAUAAUUUGUUCAACUUUAUGAAGUACAGGCCUCCUAACGUCGUACAAGCAGGAUUGUUUGGGUGUACCUUAGACCCGGUAGAGUUUGAACUAGGAGUCGUGUUUAUCAGACCGGUCACGGACUUGUAUAGUUGCACGAGAUUGUUUGACGAUUGGACAAAGGAAUAUGAAAAUUGUUUAGAGGAGGUUAGAUUUCUGACAUAUUUUUUCCAACUAGUGGAGAAGGUUGGGGCCGAUAUUAAAGGGCUUUUAGGCGAUGUGAAAAAAUACAGAAAUUUGGUAGCGGCGCUGUCAGAAGUUUCAAAUUUGGAAAGUGUGGAUGACUCUGAGGAUGGAGCCCUUCCCAAAUUUUGGGUCCCGUUUGCCACUAGUUUAGCGGCAAGGAUUGAAAUUUUAUUGGAUUCCGAAGGGAAUAAAACAGGUCAUGAUGGAUAUUUGGGUAGCGUGGGAAAUAAUUUUGGUGAGGGUUUAUACGUCGGGAGAUACACGCUGGACGAGAUAAACAAAUUAUUGCUCUCUGCGAAGAGAACUUAAAUGUGGAGAAAAUCCUGUAAUAUUAAGAAUUCCGUUUUAGUAUAAUGAUGUAAAAUAAAUAUAAUCUAUUCUCCAAAAUAUUUAGGCAAUUAUAGAGAGUAUGGGGGAAUAAAAUCCCUAGUAAUCAUUGUUUACUAAUCAAGCUCAAUUAAGGGCAAUUAAAUAAUGUCGCUAUGUUUUGGACAAGGACGAAUUCUUGUUUUGCACAAUCAUCAUGCGGCCAUUUAUUUUUCAAGAUUGAUGUAAAUAAUUUGUUCCUAGUAAUUAUACUUUCAUUCUCAAAUAAUAUUUUCGACGGGAAUGACAUGGAAAAUAUGAAGUAUUUAUGUGCACCUUUAAUAAAUACAUGGUUACGAAUUACCAAGCCAAAUUAUCGGCUUAUGAUACCUUCUUCCGCAGUGCCCAAACUUGUCUGGAAAAUAUUUGAGAAUGAGGGUAUAAUUGCUAGGAACAAAUUAUUUACAUCAACCUUUAAAAAUUAACGGUUCCAUGAUGAUUGUGCCGUACAACAAUUCGUCGUUGGCCAAAAUAUAGCGAAAUUAUCUAUUUAAUUAUCCUUAAUCCAAGGCUGAUUCAUACUGUACAUUUUCUUAUAAAUACUGCAAUUAAUAUCCUUAUGGAACCGUAUGUAUCUGUAAUUUAGUGAAUUGAAAGGUACUUGUAGUAGUCAUAGAGGUUUGCAUCUAAUACUGAGUUACCAGUUCACCUUUGGGACUCCAGUUUGAUAAGUUUAAAAAAAUAUAUAUAUGUAAAAA